AUGAAACAAGAACAACCAACAAAAAAACCUAUCAGCAAGAACAAUCUGCACCACCAUGAAGCUAUUGACAAAGACAAUUCACACCACUAUGAAGCUACUAACAAGAACAACCAACAAAAAAAAACCACCAGCAAGGACAAUCUACAUCACCAUGAAGCUACUGACAAAGAUAAUUUUCACCACCACGAAACUACAAG